CACAGCUGAAGCCAGACAGGCACAGAAGAAGGUAGAAGAUGAUGAAGAUGAUAUCAACCACCUCUCUCCCCCUAUCUCCAUCUCUGUCUCUCUUUAAUUGAUUUGUACUCUUCUUCUUUCUUGGACCCAUUUUAGGUUGAAAUUUCUACAUCUUUUCCGUAAAUUACAAUACUAAUUCGCUUCAAGAUUCUACCCAAUCAAUCUUGUGUUGUGGGGUUGCCUUCUACCUCCAUUUCCUUUUGUUAAAGUCUGCAUUUUGAGCUUCUGAGGGUACACAAAAAUGGCGACAAGAGGUAGCAGAUCGGAGAAGGUGAAGAGGAUCUUUCAUCAGUUUGAUUUGAACAGAGAUGGUGGUCUUAACAGACAAGAAAUGGCUGCUCUUGUUGUUGCUGUAAACCCUAGGGUUAAAUUUAGCAACGAGCAGAUUAGUGCCAUCCUCGACGAAGUUUUCCGUACCUAUGGCGAUUUCAUCGACGCCGCUACAGGUCUUACUUACGAUGGCUUGUUACGUACCUACGACGACGGUGCCGGCGACGUCGACCGUGAUUUCGAAGCUUUGGGACUUGAGCUGAAACCCGACGACGAUGACAACAACAUUGACAAUAACGAAGCUGCAGCCUCCAUGGCGUUCGAAGAAGCUUCCACAUCGUCGGUCGUUGAUGAGAGAGUGAAGUCGCCGGAGCCGCAAAAGCAGCACCGGACGGCGACAUGGGCGGCGUCGCCAAACCACGGGAUUAUCUUCGACGACACGUGGAAACUCGUCGACGAUUUGGAGAUUCUGAUAAAGAGGUUGAAGACGAAACAAAUGAAGGAUUUGAAGAUGAAAGGCGAGAAUUCCGAUGCGUAUUCCGAUCCAGGUUGGUCUCGUGAGCUCGGCCCAUCAACGGAGAUGAACAAACAGAUCGUUUGGGAAGAAAACCGCCAUGAUUAUACUGUUUUCGUGAAGGAAUUAGGGGUUUUAAGGUCCAGGGCAGAUGGGUCAAGAUCAAGAGAAGAAGCUUUCGAUGGGCAUAUGGCAUUAGGUCGGAUCUUAUACGACCAACAAUUAUCUAAAGAAUCUUUGGUAUGUUUCAAAAGAGCUUGUGAAUUACAACCCACGGACGUCCGUCCACAUUUUAGGUCAGGAAACUGUUAUUAUGUUCUUGGCAGACACAGUGAAGCUAAAGAUGAGUUCAUAUUAGCUUUAGAUGCAGCUGAAGCAGGUGGUAAUCAAUGGGGUUAUCUUCUUCCUCAGAUUCAUGUGAAUCUUGGGAUAUCUCUUGAAGGUGAAGGUAUGGUUAUGAGAGCUUGUGAGCAUUACAGAGAAGCUGCUAUUCUUUGCCCAACUCAUUUUAGAGCUUUAAAACUUCUGGGUAGUGCUUUAUUUGGUGUAGGUGAGUAUAAGGCUGCUGUAAAGGCCUUAGAAGAAGCCAUUUUCCUGAAACAUGACUAUGCUGAUGCCCAUUGUGAUCUAGCUUCGGCUUUGCACGCGAUGGGCAACGAUGAGAACGCGGUUAAAGAGUUUCAGAAAGCGAUUGACUUGAAGCCUGGUCAUGUUGAUGCUUUGUAUAAUCUUGGUGGUCUUUAUAUGGAUAUGGGUCGGUACCAACGAGCUUCAGAGGUUUACGUUAGGGUCUUGGGGCUGUGGCCUAACCAUUGGAGGGCUCAGCUUAAUAAGGCGGUUUCGUUAUUAGGUGCAGGGGAAACCGAAGAAGCGAAAAAAUCUUUGAAAGAGGCUUUGAAAAUGACCAGCAGGGUUGAAUUGCACGAUGCCCUUUCUCAUUUGAAGCAACUUCAGAAGAAGAAACUCAAGGGUAAUAAUGGAAACGAGGAGGAUUCGUUUACUGUCGUGGAACCUUCAAAGUUCAAAACCGUUGGUGAAAAAACCACGAUGAGGCAGGAUUUAGCCACUGCUCUUGAUAUUCGGUCUUUUCAAAGGAUCACGAGAUUGUUUAGAUGUGAUGUCGAGCUUCUUAAGAAGGAUAUGAACGAAACUGAAGCCCCUUUGACGUAUUCUGGCUAUGGAGUCCCUGAGAAAUCGAUACGUAAAGCUGCUUUAGAGGCCAUUCUUCGAAGGUUACUGAGUUUCUUGAAACCCGAAACUUUUGUAGGAGCUGUUAAAGCUAUUAACCUCAAAAUCCUUUCGGUUUUAGACGAAUCAGAAUCUGGGAGGGUGGAUUUGGGCAUGUUUUUUGCAGUUCUAGCUCCAAUUUGUGGUGGCACACCAGAUAAAAGGAAAAGGGUAGCAUUCGAUUCACUUCUAUGGCGACCAGUGAACGAAAAUGGGAACGAUGGAAAGAUUAGAAAAGCCGAUGCUUUACACUACAUAAAGCUAUUGAGAUCAAUCUAUAUUCCGUCACAAACGAUCAGUGAGAGAUUAGAAAUCCAUGGCGAAACAGACGGUUCAAUGGUGUCGUUGGCCGAGUUUCUUGCUAUGUUUGAUGAUCCAGAUUGGGGUUUCGGAGUGAUGUCUACCCUUUUGAAGCUUGAAAACGGGGACCGGAAUCGGCAUGGCAGCCACGCGUGCGCCGUCUGCCGAUACCCUGUCAUCGGGUCGCGGUUUAAAGAGAUGAAAUCGCGAUUUAGUGUGUGUAGUCAGUGUUACAGUGAAGGGAAAGUUCCGAAUGGGUUGAAGCAAGAGGAGUAUGAGUUUAAAGAGUAUGGUAGAGGGAGUGAAGCAGUAAAAGAUAAGUGUAUGUGGUUUAGUUCACAACAUUCUAAAAGAAGCUCGUCAGGUACUACUACUACUACUAACUCAUAGGCUUUGUAAAAUGACAAUUUAAACCUUUAGAUUUUUUAGUUUUGGAGUGUUUGAUGGAUGUUAUUUGAGGGGUGUUUUGUAAUAAAUCUUUAGAGAUGUAGAGUUGUUUGUUUAACAAGGAAGGUUUUUGAGCC